CUCAGUCGCAGCUGGGACAGCCUCGCGUGCCAUGGGGCCCGUGGAUGCUGCAGAUGGACUUCGGGUCACCUUCUAGCUCCUUCCCUGCAUGUGUCCCACGAGGGAGGGAUAGGCCAAGGCCAGGGCCAGCGUCCCAGGAGGCGGGGCUGGAGCGCCUAGCCUGCCUUCCUCCCCACUGCCCUCCAGCUUCUGCGCCCCCGGGCUUGGCGCCGGCGGACACCUCCUAGGGCGCACGGAGCCAAGACACCUGGGGCACCCGGCCAAGAGCUGCCGCCACCCGCCCCUCCCCCAGCCUCCGCUGGGGGUGUUUAUCUUCGCCGUUCCUCUCAGCUCUUUUCUCUUUCACUUUUCUUUUCGUUGGGGGUUGGGACUCCCUGGGUUCCAGGCGCCCAGGAAAACCCCAGCUGAUUUGUUUGUGGUUGCAGAGGCCACACGCCCGGGAAGGGAGCCGGGUGACCGCUCCCGCCCCGCUGCACUGCCUGCCGCCCCUGACCCUGCAGCCCGGAGUCGAUGGAGAAUCCAUUUCUACAUAUGGUCACGUGGCUCUUCAAAAUAAUGUCUCAUCAUGUGCCAUGUUGGUGAUGUCACAGGAAGUCAAGAAGUCAAUGUUAGCAGAUAGCCAGCAUAUAGGAAGUCAUGAAGUAUUCUGGAUGGAUGGCUGCUGGAAACCCAUUGCCAUAGCCAGCUCUUCUUCAAUACUGAACGAUUUACUCUGGCAUUGAGUAAUGAGAAUUUUGAAACCAUAUUUGAGAAGCACUUCCAUCCAAUGCUACUUGUGUUUACUUCUCAACAGUCAUUUUUUAACAGAGGCUGGCAUUCAUGUCUUCAUUUGGGGCUGUAUCAGUGCAGGUCUUCCUGAAACAGAAGCAAACUGGCAGUAUGUAAUAAAUGAUUUGAAAACAGUUGAAUAUCUUCUUCAAUCUUCACAUAUAGAUGCCACUUUAUAUACUGAAAGUGAUGCUCAUCCCAAUUGCAAAGUAACAGCGAUGCGGUGCUUUCUCCUGGAGUUACGUGUUAUUUUGCACGAGUCCAAAAAUGCCGCCAUUUAUGAAAUAAUAGAAAAUCUUACCAUGCUAGCAAACAGCAGUUUAUCUUCUAUGGAGAAUAAAACAGAAUUGGGAUGCAAAGAAUGUGAGGAACUGGAGGAAAAAAAUAUCAAAGAAUUUUUGAAGAGUUUUGUACAUAUUGUGCAAAUGUUCAUCAACACUUCUUGAUUGCAGCUGAUCCUUUUCUGCAUUUCUAUUAUUAACAAACAUCUUUCCAUGGCUUAGAGGCAACAAAGCACUCAGCAUUUAAAAUGUGCUGCCAAAACAAAUUCUCCUGGCGAAACCAUGCUCAGGAUCUUGGUUGCAAUGGAUUCAUAAAGGUGAAAGUCGAAACAUCACACUGAGACCACGUUAUCUGCCAAGGACAGACUUGUUUUGUUCAUUUAUUUUUAAUUUAUUAUUGAAAUUGUACAUAUUUGUAGCAUAAUGUAAAAUGUUGAAUAAAACUGUGUACAUAUUUUA